ACUAAUAGAAACACGCUGAGACUGGACCUGCUUACAGAUACGUACAUCUUUCUCUGCUUUUCCUUGAUCAGUUCGCAAUAGUGACAUCCAGUCUUACGGUGUGUUUGUGAUCGCGUCCCGACUUAGCAAUAAGCAAGUAACAGAAGUGUGGUGGUGUGUGAGUGCGGCAGUCAUAUUCGUGGCAGGAAUGUGAUACAAGCCCAAAAACAUGGCGGUAAGAAAGCCGAAUAUUUGUGUUUGCCUCCUGACUGCCUGGAGAUAAGUCGAACGUGGUGGUGUUUGUGUGUGUGUGAAACUGUUAUAACCCUGACAGAAAUAUGAGGGGAACCCAGCUCAUACACGGCUGUAAAUAAGCCAGAAUUUUUCCAUCUCAACUUCAAGGCCGACAUUCACGGAGCGUAUAUAGAAGACUCAGUACAUUAUCUCAGAAGACAUGAAGUCACCAAGCUGGUGGGCAGCGACCCGGUGGAAUUCGAGGCAACCGGAGUAUGAGGUGACGGUUCCUGAGAACACCCGCGCUGACCACCUGCUGCGGCUGUCUGCCAGGGUGCGGGCCACAGGUGAAACGUUACAGUACAGGAUCAGUGAAGGUAAUGAGGAGGGCCUCUUUCACUUGGACCCCUCCUCGGGCAGUCUUUCGCUCCUGCGGCCCCUUGAUUACGAGAUUCAGCAACAGUACGAGCUGGUGGUGGAGGCGCUUGCGGGCGAAGCGAGGGGCGAGGCACGGGUCAUGGUGAAUGUGGACGACCAGAACGACCACGCGCCUGUGUUCCUCAGGGCGCUGCACGAGACCCAAAUCACCGAGGAGGACAACAGACAUCUGCCCAAGGUCAUACUAAAGCAAGUGACAGCGGUGGACGGGGACGCGGGUCGGUUCGGCAGACUCGCCUACACCAUCUCCGGGGACGGCAUGUUCACCAACGGGUCGCGGCCUUGCUUCUCCGUGGACGCCGCCUCGGGGACCGUGCUGCUCCUCAGGCCCCUGGACCGCGACCCUCCCCAUGGCCGGCCUCAGUGGCGCCUGCGAGUGACGGCCACGGACGGGGAGCUUGAGGCGCACACUGACAUCCGUGUUAACCUCAAGGAUGCUAACGACAACGCGCCCUUCUUCCCCUCCCGCACCACCACCGCCACCGUAUCCGAGGACACACCUCUCGGAUCAUCGGUGACGCGCGUGGUGGCCACGGACCACGAUGACCCUGAGGAGGGAGACAACGCCAAGGUGACGUUCUCGCUGGAGAAGAACGCGAUCGACGAGUCGAGCGGCCGUCCCAUCUUCGCGAUCGACAGCGACCUGGGCGUCAUCACCACGGCGCUGUGUUGCCUCGACCGGGAGAAAACCCAGCGCUACGUCAUUCAGGUGGUGGCGACCGACGGCGGCGGCCUCAAGGGCACGGGAACGGUGGUGGUGGACGUGGACGACGUGAACGACGUGCCUCCGAGGUUCUCGCGGCCCGAGUGGACGCUGGACGUGUCUGAGAGCCUCGACCCCGACAACGUGCUGGCCACACUCACCGUCGUGGACCAAGACGUCACCAAUGACUUCGCCUACAGGGUGGUGCCGGGCAGCGGGCGGGGCUGGCAAAUGUUCCGCGUGGAGGGCGCGCCAGGAGCGUUGCCGGGUGGAAAUCUCCGGUCAUUGGAGCCGCUGGACUACGAGGAUGCUGACCACCGAGAGGGCUUCCACUUCAGGGUUCAGGUGACGGACUUGGGGGAGGAAGGAUGGGGGCGGAAGGAACACGUGGCCGAGACCAAGGUGCGGCUGAGUCUGGUGGACGAGAACGACAAUGAUCCAGUGUUCAGCGAGGACGCCAUCCAUCUGACACUGCCCGAGGACACCCCGCGGGGCUCCCUGCUGGCCUCCUUCAUCGCCCUCGAUCCAGACAACGGCGGAGAGAGCCGCGUCCGCUAUCAGGUGGCUCCGGACAGCGAUCCUGGCCACCAGUUUGCCGUGGACGAGACUGGGGCGGUGCGUCUGGUAGGUAACCUGGACCGGGAGACCGCGGACACUCAUAAUGCGCUGGUAUGGGCGGUGGACGAUGGGUCGCCGCCACGGACUGCCACUGCCACCCUCGCUAUCAACGUGACAGACGUGAACGACAACCCGCCGUUCCUGUCUGAGCCUCGCGAGGUGCAGGUGACGGAGAACAGCGAGGCACAGCUGGUGGCGCGGGUCAAGCUGGGUGACCCCGACGACUGGCGACAGGGUCACGGGCCGCCCUUCACCAUCUCCCUGGACCCCCGCGCGCCGCCCCACGUCACCGACAGCGUCAGAGUCACGCUGGACAGGAGAGGGGACGACGGGCGGGGCGUGGGCGUGGUGUGGACGCGGGCGGCGCUGGACCGAGAGGAACGUCCCGCCCUGCUGGUGCCCCUGGUGGUGGGCGACGCCGGGUGGCCGUCCCUCACCGCCACCGUCACCCUCACCCUGCACGUGGCCGACGUCAACGACAACCCCAUGGCGCCCGCCGCCAAGACCGUCACCGUGCACACCAUGCAGCGGCAGGGAACAGCAGUACCUCUGGGGCGCGUCUACGUGCAGGAUCCAGACGACUGGGACGCAGCGUCAAAAACCUACGCCUGGAGGGACCCUCAGACGGGCUUCUUCCUGGACACCUCCAGCGGCCACUUGUCCAUGGCGCCCUCAACCCCAGACGGCCGCAGGUACCAGCUUUCAUUCGUGGUGAGUGACAGUAGCCAAGGACAGGAUGAUGUUGAGGCCAAUGUGACGGUCCAAGUAAAAUCACUUCAACCCAGCGAGAUAACACACACCACGCCACUCACCCUGGCUGCAGACACUGACGCCGUCGUGAGACCAGAUGUCAAGGGUGGGCCGUCAGUUCUGAGUCGCCUGGUGGGUGCAGCGCGCACGUGGGCGGGCGGGGGUGGAAUGGUACAGGUGCUGUCAGUGCAGCCUGUGGAGGGAGAAAUCCCGCGACACGCAUUUGGCUCUCUGCUGCCGGAAUCGCCAACUUUGACUACAUUUUGCUGUAUCAUAAAAAUGAGUUAAGUUCAACACUAGGAGUCAGCGUGCAGGAUGUGGGUGUGGUUCCCUGCCGUGAACCCUCCACUAUCACGCCAGUCACUGUGGCGGAGGAAAGGUGCGUGGGCGGCUGUUGGGUGGGCCUUGCAGAUGAUUUUAGUGUGGUGGACGCCAACUCUUCUGCGGUGGUGGGGCCGCGGGUGGUUGUGCAGGGGGCCUGUGGAUGCACAAGUUCCACCAGACCUAUCCGAGCUAGCGCGUGCACCCCUGACACUUGUCUCAAUGGUGGCAGGUGCCUCAAUACUUCCUCAGGCACUAGGUGUAUCUGCCCUCAUGGCACCUUAGGUUCCCACUGCAAGGUGUUGUCCAGACACUUUCAAGGCACCGGAGGCAGGCAUGAGGGGAGUACUGGUCCUGCACCAGAUGGGUCUUGGGCGUGGGUGCCACCUAUCCCACCCUGUGCUGAGGUGCAUGUGAGCUUAGAAGUAUUGAGCACAGUGAGAGCAGCUGCACUGCUUUACUCCGGACCAGACCAGGACACUGAACCAGGCAGCCGUGACCUGCUGCUGCUGGAGCUGCGGCAGGGACAGCCAGUGCUGCUGCUGGACCUGGGUGACGGCCCCGUAACCCUCGCCCUCAAUUCCUCCUCCUCCCUGGCUGACAACACAUGGCACAGGAUAGACCUCAUCUGGAAGGACGAGAUGGUGGAAAUGAUUGUGGACUUGUGCGUGGGUGACAGCUGGGAUGAGCUGCCAAUGCCUUCUCUCACUCAGAACCACACACUAACCCCUCCCCUUCCUGAUGUCCACACGUGUCGGGGCACUGCCAGACUACCGCAU